UUAUUGAACUUUUGCCUUUUAGGGUGUUCAAAACCUCCUGCAUCGAUUAGAACUGCAAAAAUGGCGAUCAGGAAGGAGGACACGGUAAAGCUUAUCAGCGCUGAGGGUUUUGAAUUCAUUAUCGAUAGGAAAGCCGCUAUGGUUUCACAGACAAUUCGCAACAUGCUCACUUCGCCUGGAAGUUUUGCUGAAGCUCAACACGGUGAAGUUACUUUCCCAGAGAUAAGUACCACAAUUCUCGAGAAAAUUUGUCAAUACUUUUACUGGUCUCUCCAGUAUGCCAGUGGUAAGGAGACUGAGUUUCACAUUGAACCUGAGCUGACUUUGGAGUUGAUGAUGGCUGCCAACUAUCUUCACACUUAGAAAUGGUUACCUUUCUUGCUUGCUUGUAUCUAGUACUUUGACAGCUAAAUAUUUUACAUUUAUGCACUUUUAUUUUAGACCUACAACUGAGACGAACCGUCGAUAUAUAUACACUUUUACUUUUCUUUUAAGAUAUUGUUAAAUUCUACAUCGGUUUCUU